AUGGGCCAACAACAGUCAAAGAGCAGCGAUGGAACUAGAACGCCACUGAAGAGCGGCUCCUCCUCUAAUCUGCCGGAUACAUUACAACAGUAUCCCUCCAUAUCCAAAUCCGACACGAGGGAGAGUUCCUCGCGAUCCAUCCGAUCGUCCAUUCGAAGCAAAAUAAAGAGCUCGGGAGAUGACAAGACCAACGACAGCCCCAGGGCGUCGGGCUCCACCCUUGCGGGGUCGGAAGUCCCAAACAACGACAAGGCUGACGCCAGUUCUAUUGCCAGUGGCCGUUCGGGCUCUUCUCGAGCACCGAGAGAGAAGAUCACAACAAACCCUCUGGUAGAGUCUCCUACGUCGCCCAACGACGACGAUGAUGCUCCAUCGCCAGGUGCCAACACUCCUGCAAGACCACCGUCACCAACCCAGUCCAAAUCUGUAGGCAAGGGUCACAAGUCGGUGGAUCGUGCUCAGAGGACUGGAGAGGUAGGCGCAGUGUCUGAGGAAGCUCCUCAUCAGGCUCAUGUCCACUCAUCUACGCAAAAGGCGGGGGAUUCGAUCUUGGUCAAGCGGGAGAACCAGAUCAACCCGCGAGCUCCAGAGACCAAGGCCUCACUGCGGGCCAAGCUGGCAGAGUUGCCAGGUGCUUCUCCAGGAGGUGGUAUGGGCAUGAGCGAAGUGAAUGACAUGGAUUUGGACGACAUGAUCUCUCGUCUCCUGGAUGCUGGUUACACCACCAAGGUAACGAAAGCUGUAUGCCUUAAGAACGCCGAGAUUACGGCAAUCUGCACCGCCGUACGGGAGGUGCUCCUCUCUCAGCCAGCACUGCUGGAGCUCACGGCACCGGUCAAAAUUGUGGGGGAUAUUCACGGCCAGUACAAUGACCUGAUCCGACUUUUCGAAAUGUGCGGAUUCCCCCCAAACGCAAACUAUCUUUUCCUGGGCGACUAUGUCGACCGGGGAAAACAGUCCCUUGAGACAAUUCUACUCUUGUUUUGCUACAAGUUGAAAUAUCCAGAGAACUUUUUCAUCCUUCGAGGUAACCACGAGUGUGCUAACGUCACUCGAGUUUAUGGUUUUUACGACGAAUGCAAGCGAAGGUGCAACAUCAAGAUCUGGAAAACGUUCAUUGACACCUUCAACUGUCUGCCCAUUGCUGCGAUUGUGGCCGACAAGAUCUUCUGUGUCCAUGGCGGCCUGUCCCCGUCUCUGUCUCAUAUGGAUGAUAUCCGACAGAUUGCACGACCGACAGACGUUCCUGAUUAUGGGCUGCUGAAUGAUCUGUUGUGGAGUGACCCAGCGGACAUGGAUCAGGAUUGGGAGUCGAAUGAACGGGGUGUCAGUUAUUGCUUUGGCAAAAAGGUCAUCGUCGACUUCCUGGCACGCCACGACUUCGACCUGGUCUGCCGAGCCCACAUGGUUGUCGAAGAUGGAUAUGAAUUUUUCAACGACCGCUUGCUCGUCACGGUCUUCUCUGCGCCCAAUUACUGCGGUGAGUUCGACAACUGGGGUGCUGUGAUGUCGGUGUCCAGCAAUUUGCUUUGCAGCUUCGAAUUGCUGAAGCCGCUGGAUUCGAGUGCGCUUAAGAGUCAUAUCAAGAAGGGCAGAAAUGCCCGCCAGAAUAUGCUCAACAGUCCGUUAUGGAGCAUUGAAGCUCAAGGCGAGGAGAGAAAAGUAACAUACCUGUCAACCCUCACCAGGCACACUCAACCCGUCAAUGUCGUCCGGUUCUGUCCCAAGGGUGAAAUGCUGGCUUCAGCCGGCGAUGACGGCAACGUCCUGCUAUGGGUGCCCUCCGAAUCUUCCAUGGCCACCUUGACCGAUGAACAUGCCGAUGACAAGGAAACAUGGAGGAUCAAACAUAUGUGCAGGACUUCCACCGGAGCGGAAAUCUACGAUCUGGCAUGGUCGCCAGACGGCCAAUAUUUCAUUACCGGUGGGGUCGACAACACGGCGAGGAUUUUCAAUGCGCAUACCGGAACCAUGAUCCGGCAAAUCGCAGAACACAGUCAUUUCGUGCAAGGCGUGGCUUGGGAUCCCCUCAACGAGUUCGUUGCGACUCAGUCAUCAGACCGAUCGGUCCACAUCUAUGCUCUCAAGCUCAAAGAUGGCACGCCCACACUGUCCACCCACGGCAAGUUCAACAAGAUGGAUCUCCCCGGGCGACGGAUAUCGUCCAACAGCCCGGCACCAGCAGAGUUGACGCACCGUGCCUCGAACUCCAGUGCCAACAACCUUGCCAUUGCGUCUCCUGCGCCCUCCAACCCUGGAACCCCUCUGACAACCCCUCUACCUAUGGACCCUCCUCUCCUAACAUCAAGCCGGCGGUCAUCUUUCGGCUCGUCGCCUUCGUUCCGACGAUCUGCUUCACCGGCACCUUCGCUACCGCUCCCAGCCGUGAGACCAGAGAUUUCGUCUCCGAGUCUCAGUGCAGCCAUGGGUCUAGCCGUAAAGAACACGAAUAUCUACCACAACGAAACCAUGACCUCUUUCUUCCGUCGCCUUACGUUCUCACCAGACGGCAGCCUGUUGUUUACACCUGCUGGACACUAUAGGACCAGCUUUCCAACGGCGUCUGAUCCAAUGAAGACCACGGAUGAUGUGACAAAUACCGUCUACAUCUACACAAGAGCUGGCUUCAACAAGCCUCCAGUAGCCCACCUUCCUGGGCACAAGAAGCCGUCCGUGGCGGUCAAAUGCUCUCCUAUCCUGUAUACCUUGCGCUCCACCCCGAAACCCACAAAUCACAUCACAAUCGACACCUCGUCGGCGAGCGAAGAGAUACCUCUCCUGCCGGAUCCUAUAGUCCCACAGAGCUCAUCAACGAUCAUGGAGCCUCCACCUUUGUCGGCUUCUACUCCUGGUCCUGAUUCGAUGUCUGCCCCUUCACCGAAACCAUCGAUCGAUGGUGAGCCUGCCAGCCCUGCACCCACUCCGGCCUUCUCCCUGCCGUAUCGAAUGAUCUACGCCGUGGCAACGCAAGACGCAGUGUUUGUUUACGACACCCAACAAACCACCCCUAUUUGUGUCGUGAGCAAUCUACACUACGCCACUUUCUCAGAUUUGACCUGGUCAAAUGACGGUCUUACACUACUGAUGUCCUCUACGGAUGGCUUUUGCUCUACUUUGGCGUUCGCACCGGGUGAAUUGGGCCAGGUCUACACCGGGCCCCAUCCAACAUAUAGCCAUCCGGUUGUUACAACCUCGAUACCUUUACCAACAUCUUCUUCAAAUUCAACACCUGUUCCAACACCUACCGCUGCGGCUUCACCUUCGCUGACAAAAGCAUCUCCUGUUCCUGUACCACCAUCACAUCCUUCACCAGCCCCAUUUGUACUCCGUCCUGGGAGUCCGACGAGAUCCAAUUCGCAGUCAUCAAUAGCUACAAUGACGUCGGUCCAAACUUCGGGUCUCCCAAAUAAUGCCACCCCUACCUUGGGACAUGUGCCCCUGGUGACCGCCUCCAAUUCCGGUCCUCCGAUAGCUAUUCCACCGAUGACAACGCCGCCUCAGACUCCUGCAAGUGUUCAUGGUGGUCAGCAUUCUGCAACAAGCUCUAUUAGUGGUUCUGUUUUGGGUAAGAGGGACGGCGCAACAAGCGAAAGCGAAAAGGAGGAAACCAAGUCGAAGAGGAGAAGGAUUGCUCCCACUCUUGUUGGUCCGUCAGGCUCGACUGAGAAUGCCAAGGAAGAAGGCAACUAA